ACAUCAUGAUCAAAGACGCCUGCCAUGGAAUAGGACGCCUACAAAGGGACACGGUCUGACACCUUCAGGGUUCCCUCCAGGGAUGCCGCUCAUUGCUGCGCUUUCGCUUGCAUAGUGGCAGCUUUCGCAUGUGGUGGUGCAGAAGAUCGAUGGUGGUUUUCCAAAAUAGAGCGUCGUAAGACCAUGCUGUCCAGCUUGCCCACAUUCAAUCAAUGAGUACUUAGCCUUGGACCAGUUCCAAGCUGCUGGUACUGACGGAAGUCAAGUCCUGAUAAUUGAUUGUGAUAGAUAUCCGAGAGGGGUUAUCAGGUUCUCACUAGCUCUAUUGUUAAACACCACUUAGGAGUCAUGGUGGCAGAUCAGCAGGCCCAAGCUGCACAGCAGAGUGUGCCAGUGGUUGAGGCCAAGAAUGUUUUGAACAGUGGUGACAGCGGCGAGGAUACCUCAUGUAUAAGGGGUUGUUGCAAGAGCAGUCAAAUUCGCCUCAACGUACCGAAGGCUGAGUUCUUACUAUCUCAACCACUUGCGGAAGGUUCUGAAAGUACAGUCUACCGCGCAUCAUACCAGGAUCAGACUGUGGCGGCCAAGAAGCCUAAGCUGGCAACUGCGGAGGACAUCAACCGAUUUCACAAAGAAUUGCAGCUGCUACUUGAGCUCGACCACCCAAACAUCGCUCCACUAAGAGCAGCCAGAGCUCAUCCACCUGAUUACAUCACAGUCUUCCCUCUCUUUGAGAAAGGGAAUCUAGCAGAAGCCCUACAUGAGCGAGAGUGGAAACCCACAGGGACAGCAACUCUAGAAAUUGCCCUUCAAGUUGCGAAGGCUCUCCGUUAUGUACAUGCGAAAGGCUUCGUGCAUCGGGACUUGAAGCCAGCCAACGUCCUGCUGGACGAGAACUACAACGCCUUCUUGAGCGACUUCGGCCUUGCUAUCCAAGCCAACCAGAUUGAGCACUUCAGCAAGUCCUGGAAAGCAGUGGGGAAGCCUACUGGGGGCUUUCACAAGAGGUUUCUGGUUGGCACCUUCUACUACAUGGCCCCGGAAGUUCUGAAGAAAGAGGUAGCGACUACGAAGGCCGAUGUUUACAGCUAUGCCAUCACCAUCAACGAGCUUGCCACGAGGACGAUACCUUACUCGGAUAGGUACACUGAUGCACAGUGCCAUACUGUUCUCGAGAUGGACUACAGCGAACAGCAACUAGCAGCGGCGAUCACCGUCGACCAGCUGCGCCCCGUGCUCAUGACCGCCGCCUCAAGAGCCCCGCCCGGCCUCGCUUCCAUCAUCGAGCGCUGCUGGCACUCUGACCCCCUCCAGCGACCAGAGUUGGAAGAAGUCAUCCAAGAGCUAGAUUUUCUCAAAGCGGAGCUCGCACGGAAUCAGGCCGCAGAAUCCGGCGCGGAAAUGGGGGCGGAAGGGCGGGUGAAAGGAACCGAGCAGACCGAUUGGCGGCAGGCGGCUGAGGCGAGCGUUUCGUUGGGAGAGGGGACGAAGGAGCUGGCAUCCGCAGCGGUGGUGCCAGCGGAAACGGAACGGAAGGACGGAACGGAACGAGGGUAUCGACCCACAGUCGCGAGCGGCGUGUUUGAGACCAAGGGCGCACGAGACCGGAUGGAGGAUACGCAUGUGGCGAUGCAAGACCUGGGGGGGUUGGACGGGGUCCAUCUGUUUGGCAUUUUCGAUGGUCAUAGAGGUGCGGAAGCCGCGGAGUUCGCUGCCAGUGCCGUUCCCCGCCACGUGUACAAGAGCUUGAAGGAGGGCCGAAGUGCGGAAGAUGCUCUCGUGGCAACCUUUACGCGGACCGACGAGCAGUUUCGGAGAGAAGUCGACGCACGCCGGGUGCUGAGACGAGGCGGCGGAAAGGAUUGGCAUCCCGGCUGUACUGCGGUGGCCGCGCUCGUGAUCGACGACAAAUUGGUGGUGGCAAACGCGGGAGACUGCAGAGCGGUCCUCUGUCGAAACGGAAAGGCUGUGCAGAUUACGAAAGACCACAUCGCGGAGGAUCCAACGGAGCGAGCUCGAGUUGAGGCUGCAGGAGGCAUUGUGGAAUGGCGGGUCGACACGUGGCGGGUUGGGCAGGCAGCGAUUCAGGUGACUCGGUCCAUCGGAGACGGAGAUCUGAAGCCCGCAGUCACCGCUUUCCCUGAGGUCUCUGCAAUUGAGCUCACGGAAGAGGACGAGUUUCUGAUCAUUGCCAGCGACGGACUUUGGGACGUCGUCAGCAACGAAGAGGCCCUCGCUUUUGUCUACGACACUGUGAAGGACCCAUUCCUGGUCGGAAAGCGACUUGCUACGGAAGCCAUCACAAAUCGACUAAGCGGAGAUAAUCUGACGAUUGUCAUAGCCUUCCUCAGACCUGUGUCGACCUUUGAGCGAGUGUAUUGAAACUGGCGGGAUCUGUUGUCGUGCCGACUUCAUUAGCAAGGCCAACUGACGG